CAGACCUGGCGGAUCUGUGGUUACAAUUGACUGGUGCAUUAAUUCUAAAUACUGAUAUAAUCUCCGAUAUUGCAGGAAACAAGGUUAAACAUGAGCAGUUUUAAGGAAUCUCCAGAUCCUCUAUACGUACUGAGAGGAGCCAAUAGUCAACUUUCAUGCUUAAAGUUUGAGAAUUCUGCUACCCUGUGGUCAGGCACAUACACAGGUCACGUCUACAGCUGGUCAAUGGAGACAAGGCGUAUAUCGCAGACUAUCCUGGCACAUCCUGGCCAUUCAGUCUUGUGGAUGGAGUUCAUCUUGGGCACAGGCAGUCUUCUUACACAGGGCAGAGAUGGAAGUGUGAAAAUCUGGGCACAGUCUGAGAGCUGUUUCACAGAAACAGGUACUCUGCUUUGUAGCAGUCUCGGAUUCUGCAACAGUGCCCUUGUUGACCAGCACACACUUGCAGUACCAGCCAAUGGAAUGUCUACUGUAGACAUUUUUGACAUCCGAAACCAUACCAAUGUGUCUACACUUUUACCAGAUCAGAAAUCUCCGAAGCUAGGCAUGUGUAUGAAGAUGUGCAUUGCUAAUGACAGAAGCCUAUUGGUUGGAUAUGAAGAUGGAAGUGUUGCAUUAUGGGAUAUAGGAGAACAUAAGAUGGUAUCCAGACUUCAGCUUCAUGCAGAUGCCGUCAUGUGCCUAGAUUAUUGUAGUAAACUCACAAAAGGAUUUUCUGGCUCAGUUUCUGAAGACAUUUUCAGCUGUGUUUUAAAUAAUAACACCAUUGUUAAGAAAACUGAGGUUAAAGUAACAAAUGCUGGAUUCAGUGAUUGCAAAGUGCGCAGAGAUGGAAAGAUUGUGGCAUUUGCAGGAUGGGACUCAAAUGUACGGAUAUUUGGAGCUAAGCAUCUUAAACCCUUGGCCGUGCUUAAUUAUCAUAAGGAAGGCGUACAAUGUGUGACAUUUUCUGAAGAUUAUUUGAUGGCUUGUGGGUCAAAAGAUCAGCUUAUCAGUUUGUGGGACUUGUAUAGAUGACAGCCACAUUCUUUUGAAUACUCAUUAUUGAAUUAAAUGUUUAGAUGCUUUUAUGCAAAAUCAUUUGAACACUAAACAGAUGACAAAUUCUCAAAAUCCUGGGGUCAUAUUCACAAAUGUCUUUAGUAUAAGUUUAAGACUCAGGCUCAGGAAAAUGAAUUCUUAAAUGUUUCAAACCGUAGUUAUUAUAACUAUUUUUGACACAAGAUGUGGGACUGAUUGUAGAACAGUUUAAUUUUAACAGAUACAGAAUUUGUAAGAAUUUUGUCUUUGUAAGGUUAAUUUUACAACAAAAGAAAAUACAGUAUGCAUUUUCUGAGUCUGAGUCAGAAACUCAGACUCAAAUGUUAGUUAAUAUGGGUCCUAGCUGAGCACUGUCAUUAUAUUAAAUGUUAACUUUCAUGAUGUUCUGUUAAGCUGUUAUGAUUGAAACACAAAUUAAACAUUUGAGUUAAACAUCAUGUAUUGCUAGACUGUUCCUAACUUCAGACCCCUAAUGUUUCGUUUUGGU